GAGUGUUGGCAAGUGUGUGACUGUUCAAGGGAGAGAGCUAAUUCUCCGUCUUCAAUGGCUUCUCUUUUCCCCAAUUGAAAUUGAAUCAGUUCCCUAGAACAAUUGAUUUUGAAUCCGGCGUCGUUUUUCAUGGACCAAGAGUAUCGGAACUCUAGAACGUCGGUGUCGCAUCACCAGCAGCAUCAUCAUCAUCAAAUGAGAAUGACGGUUCCUCCACCACCGUCUCCUCAACCUUCGCCACCGGUUCUUCCUCAUGCUGAAAGUGAUCAGAGUACCUCGGAGCUUCGUUCUCUCGAUUGUAAUCUUACUUCUUUAUGCGAUCAUAUUCAAUCCGAAGGUUUCGGCUCUGGUGCAUUUUCUGAUGUUGUUGUUAAAGCUAUGGGAUCCAGUUACCAUCUCCAUCGGUUAAUUCUAUCUCGCAGCUCCUACUUCAGGACUAUGCUUCAAGCUGCUGCUUCUUUUCUUGAUCUCCAGGAUUUGUGUGCCAUAUGCACCGAUUUUAUUAUUUCUGAGCUGAGGACUUCAAACUUCCUGGCAUAUCAGGUGUUUGCUGAGAGCCAAGACUAUGGCAUACAUGGAGAACGUGUAAGGAAUGCUUGCUGGGGUUAUCUCUGUCAAAGUGGUGCCGUGGAACUGAGAGAGAUGCUGCCGAAACUCUCUGCACAGACUCUAUGUGCAUUGCUGACAUCUGAUGAACUAUGGGUGCCUAGUGAAGAAAAACGGUUUGAACUGGCAUUGUACGCGUUCAUAGCAAAUGGUGCUCUCUCCAACUCAGAACAUUCCAAUAAAGAUUCCAGGAGUUUGGACUGUAAGUUAGGUCAUUUAGAUAUAGAAGACGACCUACGAGAUGCUAGUGAUGAUGUGAUUGUUCCACUCGCAGAAGGUGUUAUUGAUUUCCAAAGAGGUGUUUCUGGUUCAAACCUCGUGUUUCAGCAAUCUCCUAACUCACAAACAAGUUUUGGUCGUACUUGCACCAGUGUUGUUGAUAAGACAGAAGGCAGUGGGGUGGCAAUUGAAGGACCUUCUGAAGAAGCAUACCAUUUGAGUAAUGAUAGUUGGUUAUCAGGAGCAGACUCUAGAAAUUCUCCUACUUUAGGUUCUUCCUCUGAUGGUUUUGUGGUCAGUGAAUGGGGAAACUGUGGUGUUUCUGCUCUAACCUGGGGUGGGCGGGUUGUGGGGACAAGGCAGGGUACAGGCUCUGUUAAAGGAAAAUAUGGAUUUGCUGAGGAAGAAUACAGUGCAUUUGUUAACACUUUUGAAGGUGGUUCACUUCUGUAUUGCAAUAUGUCUUUUGAAAUACUAUUGAACGCAAGAAAAGAACUUGAAGAGUUGGGUUUCCCUUGUAAAGCCGUGAAUGAUGGCCUCUGGUUGCAGAUGCUUCUCAGUCAAAGGGUGCAGGAAGUUGCUGCCAACACAUGCAAAAGGUGUUGCCUUAUCAGUGUUGCAUGCGCGUGUAAACAGGGAUUUGGGGUUUCACAUGGUGCAACCUUUAAUAAUUAUUAUUGCCAAGACAAUGUGCAGAACAAUAUGAUGGGAGACAUGGAAAAUGUCUAUGUGGCCGAAUCUUCUCAAGGCGAAGGAAUAGGCAUCUUUAAGCCUGUCAGGAUCAGUGUCAGAGGACAACACAUUGAUGGACUUGCAGGCAUUGGAUGCGAAGCUACAUUUGUGCCACCACCUGCAUGGCCUCCUACACCUUUUGUGUACUCUCGUGUCCCUAUUAACAGAAAUGGUCAGCAAUCUAUUGCUAGUGAUGGUUCUGAAGGUAGAAUUGACCAGAGUGGAGAAAUUUCAAAAGAUGGCUUGACAGCUCUGGUUGGGCUGAGCCAAGGGACAAGCGGUGUUGGUAAUAAUCUUCGUGGUGAUCAAACUGAAGGAGGGCGUGGCAGUGGAGCUACUGUUGGAAUGUCAGAACCAAAGGAAUCUUCAGUAGGGACUGAGUGGGAGAACGCAAGUUGUACCAUAUCACUCGAUACAAGGACACCUUUGUGUCACUUUCCUCCCUUUCGUUUUGGAGUUGAAUUUGAGGAUGUCCAUAGACUCGCUAAUGGUCAUGUGGAGCAUUCUCCUGAGUUCUUCUAUGCUGGUUCUCUGUGGAAGAUUAGCAUUCAGGCAUUCAAUGAUGAAGAUCCUCAAGGACGUCGAACGAUUGGAUUGUUUCUUCACCGCCGCAAAGCAGAGAUAGUGGAUUCAGUAAGGAAGGUCCAUGUUUACAUAGAUCCUCGUGACAAAGUGACUGCACGUUACCAGCUUAUCUGCCCAUCAAAAAGAGAAGUGAUGUUGUUUGGGAGCUUUAAACAGAGAGGAACUCUUCUGCCUAAAGCUCCCAAAGGGUGGGGAUGGCGCACCGCACUGCUCUUUGAUGAGCUCUCUGAACUUCUCCAGAACGGUGCUCUCAGAGUCGCUGCUGUGGUUCAACUGGUCUAGAGGUCUCUUAAACUCGAGAAUUGUAUGUAAAAAAACUCGACAAAAUCCACAUUUGGAAGUUAACCCUUAUUAAUAUAGAUAGGGUCCCAAUAAAUAUAUUCUACUUCCUUGGGCGUGUUUGUAUAAAUGAGUCAGAAAUUA